AUGGUAGAGCCGUCUUCGUCUACGCAGCCUUCUGAUGGGCAUUCAAACAGUCAUCCGGAGCUCACAGGGCGGGCGAUCAUCGUAGGACUCGGUUGUGGUGUGCUCAUCUGCUUCACCAAUUGCUACUUUGGGCUGCAGUCCAGCUGGAUCUCGAUGAGCAGUAUGCAAGCCGCACUCAUUGGCUAUGGACUCAUACAGCUCUUGCCGUGGACAUCAUCUACUUCCGCUGGGCGUUUCACGCCUCAAGAAAACGUUGUACUACAAACCACUGCUGUCGCAAUGGGAUCAAUGCCCUUGACUGUGGGCCUCAUCGGAAUCGUUCCCGCUCUACUGCAAAUCAGGCCAGAGAGGGACAACGGAGCUAUGCCAAUCAGAUUAGAUGGCUCGGACCUCCUCCUGUGGAGCGCCGCUCUGUCCCUCUUCGGCGUCUUCUUUGCGGUACCACUGAGGAAGAAGGUCAUCGUGAAAGAGCGAUUGACAUUUCCCAGUGGUACUGCCACAGCACAUCUCAUCUCUGUCCUUCAUCGGAGCACCGCAACACUUCGCAGGACUUCCCCGGAGAGGACCAUUCGGCGGCGACAUGGGCCUGGAGCUGGCCAUCCAGAGGAGCAGCAAAGUUUGCUGGGCAGUGCCUCUCUUUCUUCGUCUUCUCAGAAUUACCGCACAAUAGAUCCGGAAGAUGCAAGCGAAGACGAUGUUCUUCAAGGUGACCUGGGUUGGAAGACCCUUCUUGCCUCAUUUGCAGUAUCGAUUACUUUCACCAUCUCAUCUGCACUCUUUCCGGUUCUCUACGCCAUUCCCCUCUUUGACGUUCUUCCACCUCACAACUUGGCGGCCAAAUGGGGCUGGUACUUCACUCCUUCUCUCUCUUACGUAGGCCAAGGAAUCAUUAUGGGCCUGCAUACGACAGCUAGCAUGAUCGCUGGUGCCAUCUUUGGAUGGGCCUUUCUGAGUCCUCUUGCUCACCACAGCGGCUGGACGGAGGGACAACCGAUGAAUGCGGAGACAGGAUCAAAAGGUUGGAUCUUGUGGAUCUCUCUGGCCAUCAUGACCUCUGAAUCCCUCAUUGGACUGCUUGUUCUGGUCCUUACCGAGACCAAAGUCGGUGAUAUUGGUAAGAUCUUUAGCUUGGGCAAGACAGGGUCACCGCCUCACGGCUCCUCGGAGAAUGCGCAACAGUCUGCUGGAACGUCCGUCGUGCCAGCAGGGGAGGUGGACGAGCCCCCUCAUCGCCUACCACCUCCUCCAGCCGUCAUUGGCGGUCUCGUCCUCUCCUCCUGCUUUGCCCUCUUCGUCAUGUGGUACCUCUUCGGCGUUGAAGGCAUCGAGCCUUACACCACUCUCCUGGCCAUUCUCCUGGCCUUUGCCCUCUCGAUAUUGGCUGUGCGCUCUCUAGGACAGACAGACCUCAACCCAGUCAACGGUCUAGGCAAGAUCUCACAGCUCAUCUUCGCUGUGCUUCAACCUCACAAUCUGACGGCCAACCUAGUGGCCGGUGCCCUCUCAGAGGCCGGCGCCAUGUCUUCCGGCGAGCUGAUGCAGGACUUCAAAGCAGGUCACCUGCUGAGAGCUUCACCUCGAGCGCAAUUCUACGGGCAGCUCAUCGGAUCUAUCGGAGGCGUCUUCGUCUCGAGCUUCGCAUACCAGCUCUACCUCAAAGUGUAUGAGAUUCCAUCGCCUUCCUUUCCUGCUCCAGCCAGCCAGCAGUGGCUCAACUUCGCUAGGCUUAUCAGCGAUGGGACAAUACCGAAAGGGUCAAAGGGCUGGCUGAUCGGCUGUUCCGUGGUAUUCGCCGUUACUGGUAGUAUCAAGGCACUCGUGCAAGCGAGGGAGCUUGAGAGGGGCCGGCAAGACAAGGCGGCUAGGAGGGCCGGAGCAACCGGAAGGGACACCGAUGCAGAUGAGGACGAGAAAGCGACUGUUCCCACCUGGGAAACGUUUGCAUACUACCUCCCCUCUGGUGUCGCCUUUGCCGUUGGCAUUCUCAACACUCCCAAUUUCUCCAUCGCCCGUUUCCUGGGCGGGCUGAUCUCCUAUUGGUGGACCCGCCGGCAGCAACGGCGGCAAGGAGCUUCCUCUAAUUCCGCAUCGUCCCAGUCAUCGUCAAAGAUCCUGAUCAUCAUCCUGGCAUCUGGAUUUGUUCUUGGGGAAGGAGCCGGUUCCAUUGUCAAUCUCUUCGGCAAGAGCUUCGGCUUCCUCGGAAGCGUGACCUGUGCGGGCUGUAGAGGCAGUUGUGGUGGGGGUUGUUGAGCCGUCCGUCAAGUAGAAGACAAAUGAUCGUAUACCUUCGCUGUCCUCUAAAGUGAUGAUUGUGCAGCUGAACUAUGAUACACUUAUGCUAAAGAACCUCCUC